ACCAAUCUAUUCAUAUUCUUAGGCGUUGCCACCAUCUUUGUUACAGUUAAUCAUAACUGUACUCAGUUUAAUAUAAUAAGUUAUUAAUUUUUUUAAUUCUGUUUCGAAUUGACAAUUUAAACAAUCAAAAUGUUGACCAGAUUGUCACUAAUCAUCUUGGCUUUGUGGCUGAUUGAAAAGACAACUGGUCAAUCGGAAAGACAAGGAACAUUAUAUGGGAAUGUUUAUCCUGGAAGUUCAUUACGAAUUAAUCCAGUUAUGACCCCAGAACUUCAAGAUCAACGGAGACAAUUAAUGUACCCAUACAAUUUGUCGUACAUUUUGGACAUUAAUCAAAAUAAACCGAUUCACGAUCAACCUUUAUCGUUUCGUUUACCUUUCUUUGGGUUCGAGUUCAAUUACGCUUAUGUCCAGUUGAAUGGUCAUCUCGCCUUCAACAAGGGUCUAUUGUCCUAUCGGUUCCCAUUGCAAUUCCCUAUGCAACCAACUGACCCACUCUCGGAAGAGGAUCCAUCUUUAAUUGCUAUUUGGUUUGCCCAACAAGAUAUUCCUGGACAAACAGAAAUACCAAAUGCUGGUGUUUACCUGCAAAUGGUUAUCAUGGAGCAAGAAACUAAUACAACUUUAAGGGAUCGAUUGAUUCUUGAUUUUCGAGAGGGUAUGAUCGGUGCCGCUGAUUUUACACCCAAAUUUGCAAUGAUAAUUACCUGGAAAAAUAUGACUUUUGUUGCUCGACGUGAAGAGAAACCACUUAAGACUAAUUCUUAUCAAAUGGUUUUGGCUACAGAUGAAAUGAGAACCUACGUUAUGUUUAAUUACGAGCAAGUUGAAUGGAUCACGUCCAAAGAUAAUUACGAUGGACUUAAAGGUCCACCGGCUUUUAUUGGUUUUAAUGCUGGAAACACAACCCGUGCUUUUGAAUAUAAACCUUACUCGCAAGAACCGAGAGUUAAGAUUAUGACCCAAAGAGGUUUCGGUAAUGGUUUGGAGGGUCGAUACUUUUUCCAAAUCGAUGAGGAAAUUUGGCCUGGUUGUUGUAUUAAUAAAGAUCUUAAUCCCAAUUUGAAAGAUCGACUUCCUUUGACGUUUUUCCCUCGAUGGGGUCACAUGUUAGGUGGUACAUUGGUCAAUGUAACUGGACCUUGUUUCGAGCCUGAUGAUAUAAUUACGUGUAAUUUUGAUAAUCAAGUGGCCAAAGGCAUUUAUCGUGAUCCCAAUCAUGCAACUUGUAUUUCACCUCCCGUCUUUUAUCACGGUUACAUUGAUUUGUCCAUAACUGUCCAAGGAAAGACCAUUUUCUUGGGUCGUUAUUAUGUUCAGCCUCCCGAUAUCGCUGACGAUGCUGUUGUUGUUCUCGACGAUAUGGAUCGAUUGGAAAGUCCUGAAAAAUUGACCAUCAAAUGGAAACCCGAAAGACUCGCGUGGCUUCCUGACGCUCCAGUUUCUAUUUCUCUUUGGGGUUAUCGAGAAUCUUCUGACCUUUAUCCGAAGUUGACCUUUAUUGAUACUCUUGAAGAAGGUGUUCGACUCGGUGCUCAACAGGCUGAUCUUUUGACCGAAAGAUAUCGUGAUCGUGUUAAUCAUGGAGCUACUGAUCUACUUUUUGGCUUCAUUGCGAUCAAUUUAACCAACCCAACGAUUUUAGGUAAACAAAUAACCCAAUCACCUAUGAUCUGGUCUCGAGCGAUGCCACUUGCUUGGUACUUCCGACGACAAUGGGAACGAGAAUAUGGUCUCAAUGGAAGGUGGAAAAAUUAUCUAUGUAAUGACUGGUAUGAGAAGGAGAAAUACGGAGAUGCUUUUGCGACCACAGUUUUCCGAUGUCCUUGUACUCGAUUACAAGCUGAUCUUGAUAGAGGUCGAUUCUCACCCGACCUGGAAUGUAACAUUCAGGAUAGAAAGUGUGAAAUCUUUCACAAAGGUGCUCAACAUUGUGUCGUAACUGGAAGACCUUCAAUCGGAGGUUCAGGUCAAUCGUGCUGCUACGAUGAUUACAUGGAACUACUUCAAACAGCAGACACAAUGUACGGCGGGCGACCAUCGAAAGCCUUCAUGUAUGGUAAACAUCCGUUUAAGAUGCGAAUGAUGAUUCCCGUUCUAUCGUCAUAUCUGCACGAUGUAAUGCCUUUCUUUUUCUGCUGUAAAUGGCAACCGGAAGAAGAUGAUUCCGAUACCUGUCAAAAGUACAACUAUUGGCGAACUUCACAAGAUUGUUCUUCUUAUCAAGCACCCGGAAUCGCUUCGAUUUAUGGUGAUCCACAUUUCGUUACCUUCGAUAAUCAUUCGUACACCUUCAAUGGUAAAGGAGAGUUUGUUUUAUCUCGAGUUGAAGAUGCAAGUGCCAAAAUAGAGGUACAAGCGCGAUUUGAACAAGUACCAAGGAAACUGAGAAUUGAUCAGAACAUUAAUGCAACUUAUUUGACUGCAAUCGCUGCUCGGGACAAUCAAUCUGCAACAGUUGAGUUUCGUAUUAGGCCAAAAGCCGCUCGUUGGCGAUACCAAAUGUACUGUAUCGUUGAUAGAGAAUAUGUUUUCUUCUGGGAUGCUUCACUUCGAGUUCAAAAUUUCCGAGGUGUGACUUUGUACCAACCGGCUGAUAUUCGAAAUAUGUCUCAUAUUAUCGCCAUGUUUGAUUCGGGUGCUGGAGUUGAGGUUAUGGCCAACGGAGGAUCGAUGACGGUUCAUGUUUAUUUACCUCCAUUGUUCCAGAAUAAAACUUAUGGAUUAUUAGGAUUCUAUUCUAGUGAUAAGUUUGACGAUUUCAUGUUACCAAAUGGAGCGGGAAGGGUACCGAUAACAACGGGAAUGGAGGAUCUUCAUAAUCGAUUCGGUAAAAGUUGGAGAGUGGCCGAAGGGUCAGAUAAACCGGGUGUUGGUCAUUCUCUGUUUUGGCAUGAUGCCUUUUCCUUUGCAGCUUAUGAUGACCUCAACUUUAUUCCAGAAUACAGAUUACCCCCUGAAGAACUCCGAUUACCCGACUCGAAGCGUCACCUCGAAGCUGAAAUGAAAUCAAUUUGUGCCGAUUCAGUCACCUGUAAAUAUGAUUACAUAAUGACUCUUGAUCCUGCAUUCGCAAAAGUUUCAAAAACUCAUGAAACAUGGGCUCAUGAACUUCAGUUAGCAGCCAAUAUGACAGUUCGAAGAUGUCCAGCUUUACCCAAACCUCGAUUCGGACGGAAAACGGAAAACAAAUACUAUCCUGGAAUUACCGUUAGAUUUGCUUGUGAUGACGGAUAUCGAUUAGUGGGACACGAGUACCGAUGGUGUCGAUCCGAUGGCCUUUGGUCUUGGGGUUAUGAGGCUCAAUGUAUCAGUACUGGUUCUUAUGCUGGAUUUUUAUCCUUGUACAUUUUUGGAGUUAUAAUUCCGAUCGUUUUGAUCUUAACUUGUUGUAUUUUCUGUCUAUUAAGAUCCAAUAGACGAGCUUAUGAUCACUACACAGGUGAACCUGGAAUACAUCCUGGUUUCAAUGAAUUCAAUACAAAAAUGUACCAGAAAUCAAGUCAACCCAAAGAGACACAAAUGUUACAAAGCAAACCAGUGGCUUCGAUACCCACUCAGGCCAUUGAAGCAGAAAUUAAUUAAUUAAUUGUUCAUCUUCAUCUUUCCCAUCAUCAUUUAAUCAUCAUCUUUUUACAAAGUCAACUGCCUUUUCUUUAUCAUCACAAUUUAAUCAAUUUAAAUAUGCUUUUCUUUUUCUUUUUCUUCUCACUUUUCUCUUUUUCGACUCUUUUUUUUCUAAAUUAACAAUUAAAUACAAUUUAUGAUUAUUAUUAUUGAUUAAAAAAAAUAUAUAAGUAACUUUUCAUCAA